CGCGGCCGGAAGCGCCGCCCUUGGUUCCGGCGCCUCUUCCGGCGGGCGGCGGCUGCGGGCCGAGCCGGGCCGGGCCGCCAUGGACAUCCUCAAGCGGGAGAUCAGCCGCAAGCGGCAGCUGCUGGAGGAGAAGGAGCUCGUGGGGGGAAAUAAAAAAUAUUUUAAACGCAGUGAGUUAGCCAAAAAAGAAGAGGAGGCCUACUUUCAGAGAUGUGGCUACAAGGUACAGCAGCAAGAAGAGGAGGAGAAACCACUGACUUCAUCAAAUCCAGUGCUGGAACUAGAAUUGGCAGAAGAAAAGUUACCAAUGACUCUUUCCAGACAGGAGGUUAUUAGGAGGUUGAGAGAGAGAGGUGAACCAAUCAGACUGUUCGGAGAAACAGAUUAUGAUGCAUUUCAACGCCUGAGGAAGAUAGAAAUUCUUGCACCUGAAGUUAACAAGGGCUUGAGAAAUGACCUGAAGGCUGCCUUGGAUAAGAUUGACCAACAGUAUCUGAAUGAAAUUGUUGGUGGCCAAGAAGCAGGCGAAGAUGAUUCACAGAACGACUUGAAAGUCCAUGAGGAGAAUACUACUAUUGAAGAAUUGGAGGCUUUGGGAGAAUCCUUAGGACGGCGUGAUGAUCACUAUGACAUGGACAUCAUAACUAAGUUCCUGAAGUUUCUUCUUGGAGUUUGGGCCAAGGAGUUGAACGCCAGAGAAGACUAUGUGAAGCGGGGAGUACAGGGGAAGCUGAGCAGUGCUACGCAAAAGCAGACAGAAUCGUAUUUGAGGCCACUCUUCAGAAAACUUCGGAAAAGGACGCUUCCUGCAGACAUCAAAGAAUCAAUAACAGAUAUUAUUAAAUUCAUGCUGCAAAGAGAGUAUGUGAAGGCAAAUGAUGCCUAUCUUCAAAUGGCUAUUGGAAACGCUCCCUGGCCAAUUGGUGUCACUAUGGUUGGUAUCCAUGCUCGAACAGGUCGUGAAAAGAUUUUCUCCAAGCAUGUAGCCCACGUUCUCAAUGAUGAGACUCAAAGGAAAUAUAUUCAGGGGUUGAAGAGGCUCAUGACCAUUUGCCAGAAGCACUUCCCGACAGACCCAUCGAAAUGUGUGGAGUACAAUGCGCUAUGAGGCUCUCUGAUGUCCAAGGCGUGACUCAUGUUUUGCUCUCCAAGACCCAGAGAGCAGUGAAGAGAAAGCAGUUUGUGCUUGAACACCAACAGAAACUUGGGGUGUGUUUUGCGCAAAAGCAUAAAGCAGCAGAUUUCUUUACAGCUUCCUUUUUACAAGCCCCAUUUAUUUUUACAUCUUUUAAAAUCUGUGCUUUAUACUGAACGGAUCCAGUAUACAAUAGAGGUUCCUUUUUGGGGGGGAAUGAAGUAUUAGGGGACAGUGACCAUGACCCUUGCUUUUAUUUCAAUUUGUUAUUCAGGGAACUGUACAAACUGAACUGAGCCCCUCUCCGUUUCCCAUAUCUUAGAGAUUUAGGUGAGAGACAGCCCUGCGAGGGGUGUAUGUGAAGUGUUUUGGCUGCUUUCGCCUUGGAGACUGAUGUGGGGAGCUGAUUAGAGGGAAGCAGUUGAAUCAGAAUCUUGGUUGUUUCUGUAAAAAUGAAGAGUAUAAUGGCUAAUCUUUCAUGUGGUAUUUAUCAGGAAAAAAAAGUUUAUAUGUUUCUCAGCUGAAAAAUACAGCCAGUCUGGGUGAAAAGA